AUGCCCGCUACCCUUGAUAUGCCGAACCAGGUCUCUUCGCUGGCACAGGUUCAGAGGGCAUACCAGCGACUCACCCACUCUGAGCUUGUCCUCUUUCUCAAAGUUCGUAACCUCCCCACCUCCGGCACCGACCUAGAGCUGGCUGCGCGUCUUUCCAACCAUGAUCUCCACACAUACCAUUUCCCCAGUGCCGUUCUCGAUCGUGCCUCCACAUCUUCACCCACUCUGACCACUAAACACAGGCAGUCCAUGACCCCGGAUUUGCCUGUCGAACUCCUCGCCAAUAUCAUGGAUCAUGUUGGCGAUUGGGAACUCGCAAAGGCUGUUGGUGUUCCGACUUCUCUUUCCCAGCCGUCCGAGUGGAGCCGCGCCACACGCACAGACAGAGCUGUCAUCACCGGCCACCUGGCCUACAUCCGUAACGCCCAGCCCUCCGCUGAAAAUCCGCUCACAAAAAUCGGUGCUACGUUGGCCAUUCGGUUCGGCUAUGUCAAUGUUCUAGAAUACUUCCUGUCCCAGCACCACAAAAUGUUCCUUGAUGUCUUCGAUGACGACCUCAUACCCAUAAAGGCUUCGCGGCAUGGGCGUCUCAAUGUGCUAUCGUGGUGGAAACAUGGAUUUGAGCAGCAUCCAGAUCUCAUUCCUCCUCCGAAACGAGGAUCAGUAGCUGAGGCUGUCGACCGUGCAUCACGUAAUGGCCAUGUUGUCUCUCUAGACUGGUGGCUAUCGUGGGGUCACCCAUUUGAAUACACCGAAGCUGCACUGGAAUACGCAAGCUCCAAAAAUCAAAUUGCCGUAUUGGAUUGGUGGAAGAAGCAGCAUAAGGAGAAGGGUCUGCCGCUCAAGAUCGGACGGGCGAUGGACAUGGCGAGUACCGCUGGGCAUGUCGAAGUUCUAGAGUGGUGGGCUGGGUCCCAGUUGGAUCCGAAAUACGAUCGCCAUGCUCUACAGCAUGCGAGUUGUCAUGGGAAGGUUGAAGUUUUGCAAUGGUGGCUAGGCAGUGGUCUGCCUCUCAUAUUUGACCAGGAAGCUUUAACAGGUGCAACAAGACACAAUAGGCCUGAAGUUUUGGAGUGGUGGGACAAAUCAGGGUUGCCAAUCAAUUAUAGGAUGUGCGAUAUUGAAGAGGCGCUAGAAGAAUCCAUCAUUCCCGGCGAUGAUGCUAGGGAAUGGUGGCGGAAGAAAGGAGUCGACUUUAAUGCAAACGACAAAGAAUGGAUGAAACUGCAGAGUCUUAAUUGA